AUGAGCGAGGAAAAUCACACCAGAGUGAAGGAAUUCAUCCUUCUGGGAUUCCCUGGGUCUCAGUAUUUGCAACUGUCCCUCUUCAUACUCUUUCUCAUCAUGUAUGUCCUGAUCAUCACUGGUAAUGUGGCCAUCAUCUUCCUAGUCAGGACCCAGACAUGCCUUCAAACCCCCAUGUACUACUUCCUCUGCAACUUUGCCUUCCUGGAGAUCUGGUUCACCACAGCCUGUGUCCCUAAGACUCUAGCCAAUCUUGUGUCUCAAAGCAAAUCCAUCUCCUUCACCAGCUGCCUUCUGCAGAUGUAUUUUGUCUUCUCCUUUGGCUGCACAGAAUACUUCCUCUUGGCUGUCAUGGCCUAUGACCGCUAUCUGGCCAUUUGCUACCCAUUGCAUUAUAACACUAUUAUGAGCAGCACUCUCUCUGUUCAGCUGGCCCUUAGCUCUUGGGUGGGUGGUUUCCUGGUUAUUACCGUGCCAGCAGGUCUGAUUGCCAGGUUGUCCUUCUGCGGUCCAAACAUCAUCAAUCAUUUCUUUUGUGACAUAGCUCCCUGGAUAAUUCUCUCCUGCACUGACACCUACCUUGUUGAGAUGGUCUGUUUCAUCAUGUUUGCCAUCGUCAUCCUAGGGUCCUGUGUGAUAACCCUGGUAUCCUACAUUUAUAUCAUCUCCACCAUCUUGAAAAUCCCCUCAUCACGAGGUCGGCAAAGGGCCUUUUCCACCUGCUCUUCCCAUCUCACAGUUGUGAUUAUAUGGUUCGGAUCCACCAUUUUUCUACAUGUUAAACCAUCCAUAGAAACCUCUUUGGAACUAACCAAAAUAGUCACCAUCUUGAACACAAUUGUGACUCCAUUGCUAAAUCCUUUCAUCUAUACAUUGAGAAACAAAGAGGUCAGAGAGAUCUUGAAAAAGGUAUUCAGCGGGGGGACUUGA